AUGGGCAAGGUAAGUGUUAUCUUCUACGAAGACAGGAACUUCCAGGGCCGUCACUAUGAGUGCAGUAGUGACUGCCCCGAGAUGCAGAACUACUUCAGCCGCUGCAACUCGAUAAAAGUUGAGAGUGGCUGUUGGGUGGCCUACGAGAAGCCCAAUUACGCCGGCUACCAGUACAUGCUGCACAAGGGCGAGUACCCCGACUACCAGCGCUGGGCGGGCUUCAAUGACUGCAUCCGCUCCUGCCGUAUGGUGCCACCUUACAACGGGAACUACAGGAUGAAGAUCUUCGAGCGCUCCGACUUUGGCGGCCAGAACCUGGAGCUCAUGGACGACUGCCCCGACCUGCACGAGCGCUUCCACACCCGUGACAUCUCCUCCGUCAACGUCAUGGAGGGCUACUGGAUGCUGCACGAACACUCCAACUACAGGGGGCGCCAGUACUUCCUGCGUCCCGGCGAGUACAGGAGGCACAGCGAGUGGGGGAGCAACAGCCCGACCAUCGGCUCUCUGAGACGUGUCACCGAGAUCAACUGA